GUUGCCUGGAAACCAAGCAAACGUUAGAAAGACAGUGUUAGCUGCACUUUGCUAACUCAAAACCUCGUUAAACAGGGACAAUAAAACAGACAUUAAAGAAGAAGUUGAAACGAGUGUCAGUGGACCAGUCUCCCACCGUGUCACCGCCGGUCACAUUGACUCUGCGUUCUGGCGGAUUUACAGCACGCUUGUUAACUUCACCUCAGUUAGUGAGAAAGCUAACAAGCUAAGCUAGCGUUAGCCGGUCUGUUAAAGCUGCCAUGUCGGAGCAAACAGAAAAUGAAGAACAGGAGGUGAAAGACGUUAAGGAAGAAAACACGGACACAAACCCACAACCAGGUGGAAGUACUGCAGAGCAACCGCCAGAUGUCGACAGAGAGCCGGGGAGUGAUGGAGAGGCGGUGCAGGCUUACAGGUUGACCAAAGAUGUGCUGGAGGCCGCGGAAGAAGCUGAAACUCAGGCUGAUCUGCACAAUGACGUCGAGCAGCUCAGAGAGCCUCAGAAAACAGAAAAUGUUGGAAACUCAAUAGCAACUGAUGUGCCGGAGACUAUGGAAGAAGCUGAAACUCAGGCUGAUCUGUCCGAUGAUGCCGAGCAGCUUAGAGAGCAGAGAAAAGAAAAUGUUGGAAACUCUACAGCUACAGUGAAGGUGGUGCUGAUGCCAGAGGGUCAUGUGAUGACCGUGGCCUUCGCCAUCGGUCUCAGCAUUCAGGAGCUGAAGCGUCACCUUGCCCCAGAGCUCAGAGUUCCUGCUGAGGUGCUGCAGAUCUCUCUGGACGGCAGAGUGGUGGAAGAGCAGCAGAGUCUGAUGGAGCUCGGCGUCCGGCCUCACAGCUCCACCCGAAUGGAAAUGAGCUCCACCGACCCGAACACCCACCCACUCCGCCCCCUUCGCCCCCCAGAGCACGACAACAUGCCGGACGUCAUCACCGUCCGAGUCCAAACAGAUGAGGAUGUGUUCCAGGAGGUGGUGGUGGAGAUUGAGCGUCCCCGCCAGCAGAAGGCCUUCCUGGGCGGCUACAGACACCGGCUGACGGGGGCAGAGUACCACCACGCUGCAGUCCAGACCCCGCCCAAGAGGAGACCUGACAGAGGAGUGGUGGUCUUCAGCCGCAACACACAGACAGUAGAGCUGAAGUCUCAGGUCCAGCAGUGUGCCGUCAACAUCUCCACCCAGAUGACCGGGAUCGGCUGCUACGUCUCCUGUAUGAACGACAAGUUGGUCACCCCCGGCAACUACAUCACUGCUGACGAGUAUCAUGACAGGAGGCUGAGAGCUGUGAUCCUUCUGCAGUCGUUUGCUCGGCGCUGGCUGGCCCAGCAGGAGGUGGGCCGACUGAGGAGGGAGCGGGACCGGCGGAUGGCCUGGCUGGAACUGCAGGAGAGGAGGAGGAGGGAGGAGAAGGAGGAGCAGCUGAGAGACCGGCGCCAUCGCUGGAUGAACCCACAGAGGAGGGAGGACUUCAACCUGCUUUACCACGCUCUAGAGAAGUGGAGGUGUGAGGAGGAGCAGCGGAUCAACUCAUCUCUGCAAGGAGCUGAGAGGAAGGCAGCUCUCUGCUCGCUGCUGGAGCAGGAGACGCAGCUCAUCGCCGCCAUCAGAUGCCAUCGCAUCGCCGUCCAGAACAACAACUACGACAAAACUGUCAGGAACUUCCUGGACAAGUCUGCGGCUCCUCAUCAGUGGCGAGCAGCAGACGGUCGACUGAUCAAGAUGGACAGUCAACACACAGUCAGAGCCAGAGAGCUGCGAGAUCUGUACAACAACAUCAACCUGUCCACUGUCAGCCAGGAGCAGAGACUCCACGUCCUCAUGACACUCAAACACACUGUCAAGGAGCAUGCGUGUCAGCUGACCCAGGACAUCGUGGAUUUGAUCAACAGGGAGGUGGACCUGAUGACUCGGGGGGUUAAGGCAGCCAGUCUGGAGGGGCUGAGGAAGAGGAUCUCCACUCUGUUCCUCCAGUACAUCAAAACACCAGUAUUUAACCCUGAGGUGGCCAAGCACCUGAAGGUUCCCCAGAAUCCCUCCCAGCUGAAGAACAACAUGUUCCUCUGCUGCGGCUGUCAUCGCUACCUACACUCUGCCAACUUCAGCUCGUCCGCCAGCGCCCGUCUGAGCAGUCAGUGCCGGAACUGCACCGGCCUCGACAACAUAGCUAGAUCCCGCGAUGACUUCUCCUGCUACAAAAACAUCCUGAGGAGGCUGAGAGCUGACGAACAGCGGCUCAACGAGGAAGCCAAGAUUCCCUUCCUGCUGCAGGUGGAGGACGUGCGGUACCUGGUGGAGGUGGUCUGGACGUCCCGCUCUGCCCUCCACGCCAGCAGUGACCUCUACAACCUGGUGUUUAUCCGCUGGGAGCGUCAGAGGGACUGGAGCCCCUGGAACUGCAUCCUGUUGUCCAAAGAAGAGACUUCAGCUCACAUGGAGGUGGAAGACAUCCACAAGGCAUAUGAAGCGACGUUCAUCCGCAGGAUCGAACACAAACACACGCUGGCUCGACGCCACUUCAGCCAGAUCGCCGUCAUGGCUGAGUACCUGGACUCUCCGCCGACCGCUGCCCUUGGCAACCAGCUUGUCUCCAAGCCCAUCACCAUGGCAACAGGCAAGCACGCCACAGACACCACACUGGCCUCAGCUCAUUAAGGAACACCCUGUUGUUUUUCUUUUUUCUGUCACUGUUUCCUCCCUCUCUCAUAUUGUCUGUCACUUUCUAAAACAUUUUGUCUGACAUCUGAAAUAAAGUUCAUGAUGGUUUUACUCCUG